AUGGGUAAAAAAAGAAAAGAAAACUUAAAACAAGGCGACCCUGUUAAGAAGGUCAAAAGAAGCAAAGAAGAUCACGCAGAGGAGCAAGAUGAGAACAAGAUCGUGCAAAAAUGGACGAAUAAGCAACGAAUACUAAUUUUUUCAGCUAGAGGCAUCACAUACGGGAUACGCCAUCUAAUGAACGAUCUCAGAUGUUUAAUUCCACACUCUAAGUCUGACAAUAAAUUAGAAAAUCGUGAUGAAUUACGCGUCAUUAAUGAAAUUUGUGAGCUAAAAAACUGCACAAAGUGCCUAUUUUUUCAAGUUAAAAAGAAGCAAGAUGCUUACCUGUGGAUAAGUAAUAUACCUCAUGGACCAUCAGCUAAAUUUCUUGUCGAAAAUGUACACACCAUGGAUGAAUUGAAGAUGACUGGUAAUUGUCUGAAAGGUUCCAGACCUAUUGUAUCGUUUGAUAAAGGCUUUUCUACGUCGCCGCAUUAUUCUUUAUUGCAGGAACUUUUUACUCAAGUUUUUAGUACUCCACAAAAUCACCCUCGCUCCAAGCCCUUUGUCGAUCACGUUUUUUCAUUCUCAUUAUUAGACGAAAGAAUUUGGUUCCGUAAUUACCAAAUCGUUGAAGAAGAUGGCACUUUGGUGGAAAUUGGCCCUAGAUUUACUCUAAAUUUAAUUCGCAUCUUUGAUGGUAGCUUUGGAGGUCCAACGUUAUUUGUAAAUCCUAAUUACAAUCCUCCCAACGAAUACCGAAAAAUUUUACGAAAGCAGGCUGCCAUGAGACAUCAUGUGAAAGCGAAAGCCAAGGUAACCAGUAAAGAGCGUAAGCGAAAUCGCGAAUUCAGCGUUGAUGAGGUUGAGAAUGUGUUUAUGGAAGAUUAG